UUCGUAGAGAAAAAAAAAUCAGCUAAAACGGGAGGAACGUACAUAUUUACACGUUUACAUAGACGUGUUAUCAAGGUAACUUUGAAACCCUAAGAAUACCGUCCAUUUUAAUUUAUUUACUAUAAAACUUUACUGUCCGUGCAUUUGAUGGGAGGUGGAACGUACUCUGCAGAAUAAUGACUCUAGGUCAAGUCAAGGCUGUGCAUCGUUUUUUUAUCAUGUUCGUCGGUUACUAACAGCGUUGCUCCCUGUACAAUCAGAAAUACGGGUAAGUAAGGAUCACUGUUUACACCCUAGAAGAGUUCUAUGUGCUUGUGUAUUUAUUCGAACGUUUUUGCGAAGGAGAUUUUUGUUGGAACUCUGAUCAGAUUCGAUGUUUUUCAGGGCUUUUAUAUUGGUCAUAACAUCAGUCGUUAAAAUCUGAACGUGGUUGGUUGGUUGGUGGUGAUUUUAACUCACUCACACUUAACCAGUCUCGAACAAUGAGUCGAAUUUGUACAAUGUGUAUCGUUUGAAUAUUUCAGUAAGCUGCAUGAAGCAAUCACUGACCGGCGCGUGGUUUGUUUCAGACGUUUACGGCGCCAGUUUCGCAGUCCUGACGAGUCACUAAUCAAUACGAAGAAAGACAAAUCCGAUGUUUACCGGUCAAAUAAGGUCUCGUUCGUAUGAAAAAGGAAGUAACCUUGUAUGUUUUUCGUAACUGCAUUGUUUCACAGUUACGAGGUUCCUUUAAUGUGGUUUUUUGAUACCGUUUCCUCGUGUGUCGUCAUAUACGGAACUGUCGUAAUGCUGUUGUCCUGGACACGACUGUCCUGUUUGUGUAACUAGCACUAGUCCUUUUAGCACUAUUGUGUACCGGGUUAAUACCAGUAACACGAAUACGAAAUAUGAAACACCGAAAAGAUCUUAAAACCAUGCUUCUCAAAGUACGGCCUGUGACACGGAAGCAAGGUGUCCGCAAUUUUUAAAAAAAAUUAUUAUUAAUUUAAAUUUGAUGCUAUAGUGGAAAUCACUACCAACUACUUACAACGCUGGUGUAGUUAUUUACUCAUUAUUAUUAUUAUUAUUAUUAUUAUUAUUAUUAUUAUUGAAUUAAAUGGGUAUAAAUGUAAAGUAAAGCUCAGCAACUUAAAUCUACCUGUAGUUUUAAUAAAACGCUGUUGAUAUACAAAACGUCUCGCCUCUAGACGCGGACGCACUGUUCGCGUUCUCUGGCUGGAUAGUGCCGAAGUGAAAACAUAAAUAAAUAUAACAGUACCCAUGUGCUUGACAUGCCAUAUAUUUGACUCAUUGGAUUAUGUUAAUAAACUAUGAAAAUGUUUUUCAUUUGAUUAAUUUUUUUUUUUUAACAUUGGAAAGGAUUAACUUCCUGGAUGUAAAAAGUUCUCCAUGGAUCUACUUUAACACAAUAACAGGUGCCAUUUAGACUGUGUGCACUAGGAGAGAGGCUACAUCUCAAAGAACCCAAUCAGGCUUGGUGUAAUAUCUUUGUAUACAUAUAAUAUAUUUUUUCCCCCCCACACACACUAUUUAAUAAGGAAGUGCACAUGUUUGUAUAUAAGCAAGCUCUUCUUGAGCGGAAGGCAGUGCAUUCCUGCUGUAUAUAUAGCCAGCUCAUGGAUUGGCUCUUCCUGAAAAGUGGGCGGUUCUAGUAUCAGUCUGUCUCGUCAUUGGUCGAGCAGGUGCAGCAGCAGGGGCAGUUUCAUAUGACAGCACCUGUGCUCACUGUACUCGUUCAACCUGUUUUACUAUUCGGUCACACCCCAUCUCCAACCACCAGAGUUGUACUUAUCAGAGGAAAUGCCAAGCCAAACAUCACGGCUACUUCCUCGUCCUCGCAGGUGAAACUUCACACCUAAACACACGGAGAGAGCCGGAGCGUUCCUAGUCGGGUUCUUUUGUUUCAUUCUCGCCUUCACAUCUGGCAGUGUUGAGUGAGUGCUUUGUCAUCUCUGUUUUUGUCUUCGUUCCUGACGCCUCGGGAUCCUGACUUAUGCACUUUAUCCAGAUUGAGACAGAGGAACUAAUGUGAAGGCUGAGAAUGGGAUCAGACGAGGCCUACAACUUUGUAUUUAAAGUGGUUCUCAUAGGGGAAUCGGGCGUAGGCAAGAGCAACUUGCUUUCACGCUUUACUAAGAACGAGUUCAACCAUGACAGCAGGACCACUAUUGGUGUGGAGUUCAGUACGAGGACUACGGAUCUGAACGGCCUCACUAUUAAAGCCCAGAUUUGGGACACAGCCGGAUUGGAGCGGUAUCGUGCCAUCACCUCGGCUUAUUAUCGGGGUGCUGUUGGAGCGCUGCUCGUUUAUGACAUUUCAAAGCAAUUGACCUACCAGAGUGCCGAGCGCUGGCUGAAGGAACUUUACGACCACGCCGACCCCCAGAUUGUGGUCAUGCUGGUCGGCAACAAGUCGGACCUGGAAUCGGUACGAGCUGUGUCAACCGAGGAUGCGAAAGAUUUCGCAGAAAAGAACGGCUUGCUGUUCAUGGAAACCUCAGCGUUGGAAUCAACCAACGUCGAGGCCGCUUUCAACAACGUCCUCACGGAAAUCCACAAGAACGUAAGCAGUAAAGGGGCGACCCGUGGCUCGGUCGGCGCCGUGUCGCUGUCCAAUCCCAACGCCGCACCCACUGAAGCUCAGGAUGAGAAGAAGCCCUGCUGUAAAAACUUAUAAGAAUGAAGACGUGGAGGGAUAAACAGAGGAGACAAGAGGACCACAUUGUGUCUGGAGGAACACGGUGCUGUCUGUCCAAUGAUGACUCCGAUUGAACCACAGUUUGCUGACUGACGUGGCCAUAUGUAUUUCUUUGUGGGGUGUCACUACUGUGUUACUAUCACGAGAGAGUAUUCUUGUGCAUGUUUUUUAGGCUGAAAUUGCUUUCUUAGAUGUUUCUCCUGUCUUUUCUUACAUGCACACUAGCAAUUAUUAUUAUUGUUUUUUUUUUUUUAGCAAUUCUUACUUUUAUGAAAACGAUGUUAUUUAUAAAAUAAUGUCACCAUGUAGCAGCUGUGUCUUAACUGUCUUAAGUCAUCCUUUAGGAUUAAUUUUGAAUGACUGUUUGAUAUCAAUGUGACGUAUUGAAAAUAUUAUUGUACACUAAAAGUCGUUAAACAACAGUUAAAACUACACACUACAUUUCCCGACUUUCAAACUUCACCCAGUUUUUAUUAUAUAUUAUAUUAUUAUAAUAAGGACACGAGUUUUCUUUUAAUACUGAUAUAUCAAUCAAAUACGAUGUAGUGGAUUGUAAGCGAUAAUGAUGAAUAAAUUGAUUACGUAUGCCUAUGAAACACUAGAGUCCUCUUUUCCUGAUAUUUGAAUCACAUCGAAACAUUCCUUACUGGUUUAAAAAAUAUUUCAUGGUCAUCAUGAUCUAAAAUUACACCCAGACUUUUCCAUACACAAUAAGCCUUGAAUUGGUGGAGCUGUAUAAAGGAUAUGUGUGACACUUGUUUAGGCUAUUUUUAUGUAGCUUCAUUUUAAUAAUUCAUUGGUGUUCGAAAUAGAAAUUACACUAGGAUAUAUAAUUAUGCAAUUACGAAUGAUAUAAUCUGUUUUUAUAUUUGGAUAUUACUUGAUACUUGGUACCUGACUUACUUUUAAAGUAUUCAUCUUAACACUAUAUGGCCAAAAGUAUGCGUACACCUGACCUUCACAUUCCAGAUUUAUUCCCCCUUCUGCUGUUAUAAUACGCUCCACUCUUCUGGGAAGGCUUUCCACUAGAUUUCGGGGCGUGGCCGUGGGGAUUCGUGUUCGUUCACGAAUGAACGAGAGCGCUAGUGAGGUCGAGGUCAGGCGCUGAUGUUGAUGUGAGGAGACUCUAGUUCCAGUUCAUCCCGAAGGUGUUCAGUAGGGUUGAGGACAGGGAUCUGUACAGGACACUCGAGUUCUUCUACCUUCUUCCAGUCUUCACACAUCACGUCUUCAUGGAGCUGGCUUUGUGCACAGGAGCAUUGUCGUGCUGGAACAGGUUUGGGUUCCUCUUAGUUCCAGUGAAGGGAAAUCGUAACGCUCCAGCAUUAUACAAAGACAUUCUGUACAAUUACGUGCUUCUGACUUUGUUGCAACCGUUUUAGGGAAGAACCACAUAUGGCAUACUCGAGUGAGGUAUCCAAGUGUGGACUUGCCGGGUUAAAAUGAAAUAAUAUAAAAUAAUUUUGACAUGACUCAUAAUUAAAGAGAUCUUCUACUGAUCUGUUGUACCGAAUCAUUGCCAUGCCCAGACUUACGUUCCUCGUUCUUGCACCGUUUACAUACCUUUUACUAUUUUUUUAAAUUAUUUUUUUUACUGAUUAUUGAUUGAAAAAACAAAACAAAAACGAUCCCAGGGUUGAAGCAUAUUCUAAAAUCAGCUUUACUGCGUCUGUCAUUCUUUCAGGAAAUAAACACAUGGCAAUUUCUGUGUAAUUAAAUGUAAACUGGAUAAUGUUUAUUACAUUGGAUUCAUCCGUAUGAGUUAUUAUGCAGUUACACAACAAAGAUGCUAUAGUAGUGUAGUUACAAAUGUAGUUAUUAAGCUUCAUAAAAAAAAAAAAAAAAAACCAACAACAGAUCAGU